AUGCUUAUCAAAAGAUCACUCCGGGUCAGCCACAUCCCAUUCAAAGGCAACCCUCACGUCACAAAAGAGCGUGAAACGACCAUAAGAGCCCUACAACAAGAUGGCCAUCGGAUCUGGGGCCCCGUGCUAUACCGCAGCACGUAUAAAAGCGAUACCGACUGGGCCGAAUUUCUCCAUCGCCUACAAUUCCGCACGCAGAGGUUUAUUGAUAUAUCACACACUCCCGGCCUAGUUGAGGGGUUUCGCUUCACUGUGCUAGAAGACGAGGUUGCUUUUCAAGGAGCCACAAUUUCAAUGAUUCGCGAGCACUUUACAAAGUGGACCGAAACCGCAGUGGAAGAGGAACAGGGUCCGGGUGCCCGUCCACGACAUGCACAGCGUUAUCGGUAUUGCCUUCAGGUCGAUGAGGAAGCCCUGGAGAGUGUCGUGAGGAAGUCGCCGGGGACAGACAAGCCAUAUGAGCAGAACCAAGAGGCUACGUCAAGCUAA